AUGGAACCUGUUGCGCGUCUCCGUUUUCUCUUUAAUAUUACUCCAGUCGACAUCAGAGAAAACCUUCCCGAACGACGAAUACCCCCGGACAACCAUUGGGCUCCUCCGUUGACCUACGACUGCUUCACCCGAGACAGAGAAAAUAGUACUGGGUGGUGCAGGUGGACUUCGAAUGGAGUUCGACAGCUCGAAAGCCCUCCAACAAUACGUCCAUCGGAAACCAGCACUUGUUCCAUCUUCUUCGAUUCUGAACGCAGUUCAUUCCUUAUUACCCGGGCAGACUGCUCACGACAGAACGUAAGUGACCUUGAACGCGAGAACAACGCACCGCAAGCAGGUUGGGGCAGGGUUGGCUUCAACCAUGGUCGUACUCCAGACAACCAGACUCUCUCCAUUGUAUCGUUUCACCCUGCCGAGGCCUACACGCUGAGCGCUCGAGGAUCUCCAUACUGGAUGCCGCAGUUAAUUCCUGCCACCUAUGACAAACCAUACAGCGAUACAUAUACCGUCCUUGCUGGGGAGUUAUCGAUUUUGCUGGGAUUUGCUGCAUUUACUUGUGAGCCGACGAGAGAAGAAAUAAUCCGGACAAUUGGGUCGAAUUUUCGUCUUCCUCGAUGGAUUCCUCAUCCCGAGUCGCGUCAACUACCUUCCACUAAAAGCCAUCCGCGCUGUCACACCAAAGGGUUCAUCGUGAAAAUAGCUCCAGACCCAUACUCUAACAUCCGGGGGGCUGACUUAAACCGCUUUCAGGAGGGCGAAUAUGGAGCCUUGAUUUGUUAG